AUGACCACUCGACCGAACGAAUACCAGCGCGUUGCCUCGCACGGGCGCGGAGGUGCUGGCAACAUCGCAAAGGAUGACCCUACCAACUACCCAAAGCCCGAGGACCUUGUCACUCCAACACUCAAGUCGAACACAUACACCACCGGCCGAGGUGGCACUGGAAACAUGGCGAAGAACGACCCCGAACGCCCUGAGCUUGCGCGCGCUGCUCAAGAUGUCGACAGUAAACCGCACCCAGAGCCUCAAGGCCCCAAACACUACGGUCGUGGAGGUGCCGCCAAUAUCAUCGGCGACGGACAGCCUGCGCAACGAAAGAGCGCCGAGGCUAAGCGCAAGAGCGAGGAAUCUAAGCGCGAGGACAACGGAAAGGGCCUGCUUGGCAAAGGCAAGGACUUGUUGAACAAGUUGGGCAAGAAAUAA